GGGCGAGGAACUGGCCCACCAACCUGCUAUGGCCUGCGUCGAGACCGAGAGUCGGUGAUCGAGAUGCCCAAUAUGAGCUCCUCGCCUGACAGCAUUCACACGCCAGUCCAAGUUCUCACAGGUCCUCCGCAAAACUCGCUCCAACAGCCGAUGGAAAAUGCUGAAGUCGCUGAACCCAGCAUAGUCGUACACAAUUCCAGUGGUUUGUCGCCCACGGACAUGCCAUCGCCGGCAUCCACUUGCGAAGGCCAGGACCGACAGAGCUGUAUGACUUCGCCGCAAACUCCCCUCUCGCCAAAAAUCGAUGUCACCUCGCCCCGUUCCCACCUGCUGUCCGUGCCCCUUCCGGCCCGUCGUGGCAAGUUAGUAGGACCAGCAAGUAGCGCUCAAACAUCAAGUAAUUAUGGCAGGGACACCUGCGUGCCCACUUCGUCUCAUAGAUUGCUAGUUAGGGAUGACCAUGGUGAUGGUGAUGAUGAAGAUAAUCUCAAACCGGAACCCGGCCGGGAACAUGAGUUUGAAGUGGAGAACAACAAGUUUGCCUUCUCGCCCGGUCAACUAAACAAACUCCUGAACCCUAGGAAUUUCGGCGCUUUCGGCGCUCUUGGCGGACUGUGCGGGCUGGAACAAGGUCUACGGACCGACCUGCAAAGCGGCUUGAGCAUGGAUGAGACCGAGUUGGACGGGUUGGUGAGUUUUGACAAAGUUUCACGGACUUUCGUGUCACUGCCCAAAUCAACCUCCCCAUCGGUGCUACCGUCUGCUAUCACCACGGACGAAUCGUCAAUAAAGCAGUCACAGGGCCAAUUUUCGGAUCGACGGCGGGUAUUUGGAAUCAACAAGCUCCCCGAGAGGAAGCUCAAAUCAAUUUGGGAGCUCUUGUGGAUUGCGUACAAUGAUAAGGUGUUAAUUCUCCUAUCUGUCGCUGCCGUUGUCUCACUCGCGGUAGGAAUUCCCCAAUCCGUGCGAGCAACGGGCGUGGAAUGGGUAGAGGGCGCCGCAAUCAUUGUUGCCAUCAUUGUGGUCGUCACUGUUGGUGCUGCGAAUGAUUGGCAGAAGGAACGGCAAUUCGCCAAACUCAACAGGAAGAAAGAUGAUCGAGAUGUCAAGGUCAUCCGAUCAGGCAAGAUGACGGAAGUCUCGAUCUACGAUAUUAUGGUCGGCGAGGUGAUAUACCUGGAACCAGGCGAUAUGAUCCCCGCCGAUGGGAUUUUGAUCGAUGGACAUAACGUCAAAUGUGACGAGUCUUCAGUAACAGGCGAGUCAGUCCUCCUUCGGAAAACUUCCGGCGACGAAGCCUACCGGGCAGUUGAACAGAACAAAGACCUGAAAAAUCUGGAUCCGUUCAUCAUAUCGGGCGCCAAGGUUGAAGAGGGCCUGGGGACUUUCUUGGUCACUGCCACCGGUUUCCACACGACAUAUGGCCGGACGAUGAUGUCUCUUCAGGAUGAGGGAGAGACUACCCCGUUGCAAACUAAGCUGAACGUGCUGGCGGAUUACAUCGCGAAGGUCGGCCUGGCGUCGGGCCUGCUACUGUUCGUGGCGCUUUUCAUCAAGUUUCUGAUCCGGCUCAAGAGUAUUGAGGGCGGGGCGGAUGCCAAGGUCCAGGCCUUUCUGCGGAUCUUCAUUGUGGCCGUCACCAUCGUCGUGGUUGCUGUGCCCGAGGGGCUGCCACUGGCGGUGACGGUCGCGCUCGCCUUUGCAACAACAAGAAUGUUGCAAGACAACAACCUCGUGCGCUUGCUCCGAGCAUGUGAGACCAUGGGCAACGCCACGACCAUUUGCUCUGACAAGACCGGAACGCUCACCGAGAAUAAGAUGAGUGUUGUGGCUGCGACUCUUGGCACCACACCGCGAUUUGGUGACUUAGUGCCUUCAAACCAUGCGGCUAGUGGACUAGGACCGGUGAUUAUUUCACCCCCAGGUUUUGCGUCCACGCUUUCGCCGUUGAUAAAAAGCCACCUACUCCAGUCGAUUGUGCUUAACUCGACAGCGUUCGAGGGCGACCGAGACGGAGUGAUGACAUUUAUCGGAUCCAAGACGGAGACGGCUUUGCUGUCAUUCGCGAGAGAGCAACUCGGGCUUGGGUCAGUGAGUGAGGAGAGAGCAAACGCAAAUAUCGUGCAAAUGUUCCCUUUCGACUCGAACCGUAAAUGCAUGGCGGUGGUUAUUCGGUUGGAUAACGGGAACUUUCGGAUGUUAGUUAAAGGUGCUGCGGAGAUUUUAGUUCGCCAGUCAACGCAGAUCGUGCAGGAUGUAACUAAUGAUCUGGUGGAAGCACCGCUGUCUGACGACAAACGGACUAGGCUGGACACCAUUAUCACUAACUACGCGUCUCGCUCCCUGAGAUGCAUCGCUCUUGCGGAUCGCGACUUCGAGCAAUGGCCGCCUAAAGGGGCAACAACUGACGAAAAUGAUGACAGGAUGGCAGUCUUUGAGUCAAUAUUCAAGGACAUGACGAUGCUAGGCAUCUUCGGUAUACAGGAUCCCGUCAGGCAAGGAGUCGCUGAUGCGGUCCACCAAUGCCAACGCGCCGGUGUUUUUGUCAGGAUGGUCACCGGCGACAACAUCGUCACGGCCAAAGCCAUCGCCCGGCAAUGCGGCAUCUAUACACCUGAUGGUGUCGCUAUCGAAGGCUCCCAAUUUCGCCAGUUGAGCCAUCGCCAGAUGAACCAGCUCAUUCCAAGACUGCAGAUCGUCGCUCGGUCAAGUCCAGGCGACAAGAGGGUUUUAGUCAGCCAGCUCAAAAAGCUUGGGGAGACUGUCGCCGUGACUGGGGAUGGGACCAAUGAUGCACAAGCACUCAAGACUGCCGAUGUUGGCUUCGCGAUGGGUGUGACAGGCACCGAGGUCGCGAAGGAGGCGUCAGAUAUUAUCCUGAUGGACGACAAUUUCGCUUCAAUUGUCAAGGCCAUAGCAUGGGGUCGCACGGUGAACGACGCAGUCAAAAAGUUCCUUCAGUUCCAAAUAACUGUCAACGUCACGGCUGUUGUCCUCACCUUUGUUUCAGCUGUCGCCAGCAAUGAUGAGGAUUCUGUACUUAGCGCAGUUCAGCUGUUGUGGGUCAACCUCAUUAUGGACACCUUCGCCGCUCUUGCACUAGUAGCGACGGAUGCACCUUCGCCAUACGUUCUCGAACGCAGACCCGAUCCAAAGUCCGCGCCGCUAAUCACCUUGACGAUGUGGAAGAUGAUCAUUGGACAGGCUGUCUAUCAACUAUUUGUGACGCUGAUUCUAAACUUUGAAGGCCAAUACAUUUUCCCAAAGUGGGAUAACGGACAUAUGCAGACAGUGAUAUUCAAUACGUUCGUCUUCAUGCAGAUAUUCAACCAUUCGCGCCGUGUUGACAACCGUCUAAAUAUUAUGGAGGGCAUCUGCAACAACAAAUGGUUCAUAGGCAUUCAGCUUACCAUCAUUGGUGGCCAGAUCUUGAUCAUCUUCUUUGGCGGGGCAGCCUUUUCUGUGCACCCUCUCCACCAGGUCUCGCAGUGGGCAGUGAGCCUGGUACUUGGGGCUCUUUCAGUGCUGGUGGCAGUAAUUAUUCGCCUGAUCCCGGAUGAACUCGUCCACGAGCUUAUUGCAUGGUUCUGGUCCCGCAAGAAGGGUACUGAACUGGGCAUAUCCCGAGAAUGCCACCACUACGAACGGGAUCCAGCACUGGAAGAGAUUCGUGACCAGCUAGCGUUUAUGAAGAAGGUCCGGGGAGGGCGACUGAGGCAUGUAAAACACAAACUCCAGCACCCUCAAGAUUUGCUCCCUCUGUCCCACGGCAGUUCAUUCUCCAGAGAGUCCUCCCCGUUGCUCACUGCGGUUGGAGACAAUAGCGAGAGUGGCAGCUCGAACUCUGAGCUUGCGUUUCCACAGGCUCGAUCCAGCCCGGAAUUCGGCCCUGCGGCCGCCAUGGCCGGCGUUGUUGCUGGCAGUGUGGCUGGAUGGGCUCCAGUCGAAUGGCACGGCGGCGAGUCCACCCACAGUUCUCAUGGCGGAAUAGGCCGUCAUCAAGGGAUCGAGGUCCAUCUCGACACGGCCGCAAAUGAACCUGUCGUAAGCGGGCAUUUAGAGACGUCUGAUACACCUCCGAACCAGAACCCGGAUCUUGUCCCAUCCUCUGCGCACGCACCUUCCCCUGCAUCUGAGCAUACACCUUUAAUUCAUGGCCGUUGGUGGAGUCAGAGUCACUCGCAUGUAUAA